AUGGGAUGCGCAGCCAAUGUGUGCGCAGUCGCCGUGGCAGCAGGCGACACUCCCUCUUUUGUUUCUACAAACGACGUUUUCCAACGAUCUAUUCACGACGACCUCAGCCCUGCCUUUCUCGGGCUUAUACCACCAGGCCUGAUGCUGAGGUCUCUUGUCCGUCUUUUUCUCUUCGCGUUCCUCUCCGUACUCGUCCUCGCCUCUGCCCAUGAUGUCCGGUCGAUAGCGCGCAGAGAUGGUGUUAGCAACAUCCUAGGCGACGUGACCUCUGCAAACAAUGCUGCCACCACAUCUAGCUCCGAGGCCGCCCAAGCUUCCAACGCAGCGACUACAUCCAGCGAAAAUGCUGGCCAGACCACGACCAGUAGCAACAACCAGCAGACCACAUCACAGCAGACCACAAAGACAUCAAAUGCCUCCCCGACGCAGACGGCAACAGGCGGAAACAACGGCGGUGGUAAUUCACAAAAUACUGCAUCCACCACGCAGGCUGCGAGCGGCGGCCAGCAGACGUCUCAGUCGUCCCAGACGGAUAACUCUGGCGGACAGCAGACGACGCAGAAUUCUGCUACCGCAACUCCUACGGGUGGCGACGGCCAGCAGGCCUCGCAGACUGCCGGCCCCCCAUCUCCGACCCCGACCCCGGUCGUUGUCGUCAGCUCAAUCGCCUCCACAUCUCUUUCUACAAACGCACAAGGUCAGACACAGACCGAGGUGGUCACUGUCGCCGUCUCUGUGACACUUUCCUCGGCAUCCACUAGCGCUACCUCUGGCGGUGGCUCUGAUGGCAAUUCAUCAGUCAACACUGGCACCAUCGUUGGUCUCUCUGUUGCCGGUGGUGUCGCCCUUAUUGGUGUGGUUGCGUUUGCGAUCUUCAAGUUCAGCCGUAAGAAAUAUUUGGACGAAUACGAUGACGGCGAAGCGAUCAAAUGGCCCGAGCUCGGCACACACGGCGAGAGUCCACAUGCGCUGCCGACGCAUCGCACCGGCGGCGCGGGCUUCGAUACGUCGUCUGAGGUGAACCUCGUGGCACGCCCAGAUUCGCGUGCAGGCAGCAUUGCGCCCUCCGCAGCAGCGUCCACCGUCGAUCUCUACGGCGUGCCGCACGAUCCAUACGCUGUUCCGCCACUCCCUCACCUAAAUCCCAAUGUCGUCACCGGUACAGGCGCAGGCGGCGCGCAGCCGUACCACGACGACCCAAGCUCUGGGUAUUACGAUCCGUACAACGGGCCGGUACCACAUACGCUCGAGGGCGAGGCCAUCCCGAUGACCCAGAUUGGCGGGUCGCGCGCACGAAGUCCGGGGCCCGCGAUGGCGAUGAGCAUGGGAAUGGGAGGCAGGGCGUCGCCGGCGCCACCGGGAGGGAUGGGGAUGGGGAUGGGCGGGCGAGCGUCGCCUGCUCCGGGGAUGGGUAUGGGUGGCAGAGCGUCACCUGCACCAUCGAUGGGCAUGAGUGGUAGGGCAUCACCAGGGCCGCAAAUGGCAAUGGGAGGACGAGCACCAAGUCCGGGACCGGGGGCGGCGUACGGCACGGGAGGAUACGCGGCAUGA